AUGUUCGGGUCCAUGAAGUUAUUUUUCGCCUGCUCCUGUUUUGCGGAUGAUAGAUCCAUUCCCGGCGAUUUAUUCUCCGAAAUGAAGUGUUUGGUCACUGAGGUGUUCGGAUGCGAUAAAAUGUCCAACCGUGAUGAUAUCCUUACCAGUGACAACUCGGUGUGGAGUACAGUGGUCCGGACACGUCUUUCAAAAGCUGGAAAGCUAACUAGUGAAGAAGGCUCCCUAUGUGUACAGGUUGGGGCUGUUGCUAUUGCGGACCAACUAACGAUUUGGCUCACUACAGGAAAAUUGAACGUCAGUAUUGUUGGACCUCAUAGGGCUUGUGGGAUUGUUCCCGGGCAGAGAAUUGCACUGAAAUAUGCGACAAACUUGCCGAGGAACAUGGGCGACUGA